AAGAUCCUUUUUUGUCAGUUGCUCGUGAAUGUACAGUAAACAAUCAUUACCGUUACGCCCAACCGUCAGCUCAUCCUAGCUUUUCCAGAGUCAUCGCCACCAUGACGCCGCCGAGUAUCUCCGUUAUCCCGUCCUCCUCCACCACCAUAGUCUCUCCGAAACCACUAAAACCGCCGCCGGUUGUACAGCCACAACUGCCGUCGCUCGAAACCAAGCUUUUCAGUCGCAGGAACGCCGUCGUUUGGCUCUCACUCAUUGCUCCUCUCACUUAUCCUGCCUCUGCUCUCUCCUUCGGCAUAUCAGGACCAAAAGAAUGGUUAAGAGAUCAAAAGAAGAAGACUGCCAAGUACCUUUUGGCUCCAAUCGAUGCUUCUAGAAACAUCCUCGGCUCUGCUUAUCUCUUACUCACGAGAACUGAAUCUGAUUUUGGUGAAAAAGAACUUGAAGAAGUUCAGAGCUUGUUGAGAUCUGCUGCAAGGGAUUGUGUACCUCAAGAGAGGAAUUCUUUUGUUCAGUUUCAAUCAAACACUGGAGUUGAGGUCUGCACUUUCCGUUUGGUUGUGAAAAAUGCUUCUUCUUUGCUUGCUGACAAGGACCCGGUAAAGUUAGCAGCCGAGACUAAGCUUAUUGAUCUCAUAAGGUCUUUUGCUUCUCUCAGUGACAUGGCGAAUGAAAUUGAUGUGCAAGUUGCUUCUAAUAGGCAAAAGGUCGCAAAUGCUCUCAUGGAUACAGUCACUUGUCUAGACAAGCUUGAGCAAGGCGUCAAGGAAUGCCUAGAAGUUUGAUGAAUCCCUAUUCUAGUCAAAGAAGGAACAGUAUGAAUUCUGCAUUUGCCAAUUUGGAGAUGCUUUUCCUUUAGGUUUGGAAGGGCAAAAAGAAAAAUUGUAAAACAGGUUGUACAUCCAUUUAAUGUUCAAGUUUAUUCUUUCAUUGUAAUGAUUUUCUCCAGUUAAAUGCAUGUUACCUCAGUAGUGAGCAGGCAUAUCUUCACUUUCAUUGAAAUUACGAACAAGCGAAUUAUGAUGCAUAAAAUCGACUCUUUUGCUAUUGUUUUUCUAUGUGAAGAAUUGAUGGUAUUAGAAUUUAGAGGUUUGAUGCUCUUUGCUCUACAAGUUACAUAACCUGCAUCAACUUUACUAGAUAUUCUUCUCACUUGAUAUAGUGGACUAAGUUCAUAUUAGUUCUUGCCUCAUGAUACAAUUAGGUAGUCUAUUUGAUAAUGGCUUUGUGGUAUUCCUUUUCUAUAUAAUGGAAGUAAAAGACUAAAUAACAGAGCUUGGAAGGUUGUUCUCUUGAAGCUUGUGUGUAUUGUAUGGAAGGAAAGAAAUCUUGGUAUUUAAUGGGAUUAAUAACUUUUUCUCACAAUGUUUUCCAACUUUUUCUCUACUUUCUUGGAGCACAUAGUGCUCCCUGCAGAAAGCCAUAUUUAUGUCCAAAACUGCCUGUCAUUGUAUACCUCUACAGUUUCUCCCUUUCCAUGAGCACUAUAUUCAUAAUUAUUAAAAACAGUAAUAAUAGAUAUAUUUGUUUCUUGGUUGUGUCGGCAAAACUGUCCAACAUUUGUUAGUGGUACCAUUGCAUUAGUCUAUUAAAUUUCUCGCCAAACUUGUUCUAAUCUGCAAUAUAGUGAUAUGAUAGUUAUCUAAGCUGCAUUGAUCUCUUAGUGAGUAGAUAUCCAACGUGAUAUAGUAAAGAUGAUUCUUGUGAAGUCCAGGAAUUGAUAUGCAAGCAAAACUUCAGUAAUGUCUAUACCUGACAAGCAGUAUGUACUGAGGGAUUGGAUUAUGCUUAUUUAUGCACCAAACAGAACUGAGAGACUUGAGUAAACAGGAUAAGAAUAUGUAUCAUGAGGAUUGGAUUAUGCGUUUUUUAAGCGCACCAAACAGAACUGAAAGAAUUGAGUACAUAGGGUAAGAUAAGAGAAUUGUUAUAUAUGAGAGUUUCAUCCUCAACAAUUUAUAAAGCUAAUGAAUUGUCCAUGUCCCUUGGACAUUUCAAUGUCAGUCAGCUCGACAAUUUCAGAAGUAAAAUCUGUAGAAAUUGGCUAUUUGUACUUGGAGUGAACUCUAUGAGUUAUGCUGAGUUUUUGUCAUAGUUGACAAUAGCCACUCUUGAGAUUUACUCUAUACAUAUAAGUGAUUAGCUAUAAUUUGAAUCUCUUAACUGCAUUGAUGGAACUAUAUCCAUUUUCCUCAUAGGCUGUCAACUUUUCCAACCGAAUUAUGAUUUGUAUGAUAUACACUUCUCAUGCUUAUUUGCUUUAUAAGGGCUGACUAACUGUUCCUCAACUGUAUUUGCAAAUAGUAUGUAACUUGCAGCCACUGACAGGAUGAAACAUAAAACUUCUAGCAAUAGCACAAAGAAUUGGAACUGCUAAUUGCAAGUAUGGCAAUAGUUGCUAAGUUCAAUGCUGCACAAAUAAGGUGUUCUUCAGAACUUCGGGAAAAUCAACUUCAAAAAUGUUACUGUCUUUCAAGCAACUCAAGCGAUAUGCCCUUGUAUCCAUACCUGCAGAAGAAGAACAGACAACACUGGUUUGCUCUAUAACAUUUUCUCUAAAUGAAAUCGAAUAGCUUUCGAGGGGUGAGCAACGAAAAUACUAGGUGAAAUAUGCAUAUCCUCUUGUGGUGGAUAAUAUAUGUCCAUUCAGUGUUCAAUCUCCAGAUUGAGGCCAUAACUCAAAGGAAUUAAAUAACAUUCUGUUUAUCAAAUUUUAAAUGGAUGUAUCAAAUUACCUAGUUGUUAUUUGUUUUUUUAGAUUAUAUCUAAACAUAGUCAUAGUUGCUCCUAAGUGAAAGGACUGUAUUAAAUGAGAGACUAUAUUUCUUAUCAUCGGAUAAGAUUAGCAUAUUGCCAGUUGAUGGCUAGUAUUUUUGGGAUUCAUAGCUGGAAUCUGUUGCAUCUUGUUAAUGUUUAGUUGGUAUAUGAAUCACUGACA